UCUCUCUCUCUCUCUCUCUCUCUAUGGUGGCAACGCAUGCACCACACGGUUUUUCAUCUGACGACACGCCCCUGACUAUGGGAAUAAGCCGGAGGCAUUAAAAUCAUCGAGGCUGCAGCGUCGGAGGUCCAUAACGCCACGAUGUCCGGGGUACUACUGCUCUUCUCCGUUGCGCUCGCGCUCUCUGAUGCCGAAGAGCGCGCGGUUAACGAGCUGUUUUCACUCUUUGGACCUCCAUCGGACAAGACGGUGCCCACUAACCAGACCAGAGCUGGGGCCAAAGACGCUUCCUUACCAGUCAACGAGCUACUGGAGCAGGCCAAAACCCCCACCGACCCAAAAUUAAUGCACCCACUGCCCGCUGGUCUCUGGCCUAAACACACGGACCUGGCCCUGCUGCCUCGCCCUGGAACGCACAAGAGCAAGAAGGGCUCGAGGGACGAGCGUCUGCCGACGGAGCACAACAGCGAGAAGACGCGGAAUGACGGGCAGCGCGUGAGCCCGUCUUUCCUACCCCCUAAGGUCGUCCCGGUCGUUGGGCUCGGAAUAACGAACCGUACGCAGAAGGCGACCCCUGAAAGCCCGGAGCAAUCCAACAACCCCCCGCCCAGUGAGUCCGACAUCUACCAAAACUCCAGAUCUCGCGGCCGUCUGCAGCCCGCUUCCAACGCGCGCUGGAAGGAGAGGGAGACGGCGAGCAGACGCCCGGAUCCCGAGGAGAACAGACCGGGGAAGUCCAGUUUACCCGGCGGAAGCAGGUUAAACGGCAGUCGCCCUUUCGUCUUGUACAACCGCCGCUCUUCCACCCUCCUGUACCAUUUCGAUAUCCUUAAGAAAGAGUCAGACUUUACACAGGAUGCCGUUUGUCUGAGCGAGUGCCGGAAGGACAAGAAUGAGACAGAGCACUUCUGCUACAGUGAAUUCGCCAUAAACGGCAUUGUUCACGACAUCGACACUGUCCGUAGAGGCAUCAGGCUGGUCACCCUGCUGGUGAACAGUGACGGCUUCUACAAGAUGAGCCGUCUCUACGUCACCCCGGACACUUACUUCUUCAAAGUGAACCUUUUGGUCCUGGACACCUUCAAGUGCACCAAGCCCUGUCCUGACUUCAAACUAGGUAGCAGGUACAUAGUCAUGGGACACAUCUACCACAGGAGGCGCCAUCUCCCGCCCAAUCUCCUCACCAUUGUCGGGGGUAAACUGAAACCCGGAGACGGUCUCCUGCGCAGCAGCAACUACGUGAAACGCUACAACAAGAGGCGGCACCAGAAAGCUCACGAGGCCACACGUUCGAGAUGCCGGUGAGGCGGGGCCUGGGCGGCUCGCUACUGACCCCUGCCGCAUGGGAGGACUAACAGUGGCUUUUACGUAACGAUAAAAGAACAAACUCAUAAUCAUGCAGUAUUAUUGGAGGAGAGGGACAAGUAGACAAAGGCUUCUCUGUCCACUCUGCCUGCGCGUCCAAUUGUCCUAGGUCAGUCAGAUCCAAGAGGGGCCGUUUUGUACAAUGCUCGCCUUUUUGCUUGUCUUCUUUCAUAAAUGACUCCAGGGGAAUCUUGUCGAAUUCCAUCCACUCGCAGAAUAUCUGGUUCACGUUUGGAACAUGAACCGAGUUAAAUAUUUCCAUCAUGAAACUCAAAGAAACUAGUAAGAUUACUUUUUUGUGUUUAUGUUUAAUAAGAUAACAGUGGAUAGACGUUGCAAUAAUCUACCAUUUAAAUUAUGUACAGAACCCAGUAUCCUUUCAGUGGGCACUUAAGAUAAGGAGAUGCUAUUGAGACUUUAGCGUUUCUUUAUAAAAUACAGUACCUACAGCUUUCAUGUUUGUGCACCAUCACUCGCUUGUACGAUCACGGGUUCCCAGGCAGAAAGGUCACAUGUCAUUAGCCAGCCCCAGUGGCAGGUGCAGCAGACGGGCAGGGCCGGUGUGGGUGAGCGAACAAGGGAUGGCCACAGUGCCCUUCCGGGCUCGCCUGCAACACACAACUCCCAUUUACGCGGGAACACCGCCAUCUCCCUCUGCUCCGGCUUCUUAUCGGGAUUCAGGAAAUGCACCAUUACACGUAUAAGAGAGAGGGCGGA